UACCGGACAUGUUGUGUUUUACGGUUUGUUGUAGUCCAAAUUAACACCGACAAACAACAGCUGUGGAGUCACAACGUCCAAGCCGAGUCGAGCCGGUCCCUCCCUGCUCCCCCCAUCGCCCUCCUCCUCCCUGCGCAGUUUCGGGACGAGUUCCCACAAGUUCUCCCUCUUUCUCCCUCUCCCUCUCCCUCUCCCUCCCUCCGCCGCCCCGGGCCCUGGUGCUGAAACACCGCUAUCUCUCCUGGCAUUCCUCGGAUACCGACCCGACCCAAGCCGAGCUAACGCAUCACCACCUGGCUGCAGUCAGAGUCAGCAUUAACGGUCCCCCAACUUUAUGGACGUGCAUUACUAAAUCACUGGAGUGCCCUUUUAAGAAACCGUCCUCAAUCUGCAAACCGUGUUUCAAGCUUUCACAGCAGCAACCAUCUGUCCUAUCAAAGUGUCCUUGGUUAUGAUGAAGCUCCAGAAGAUGAACUGUAGCUGGAAAGGUGAAAAUACAGUUUCCCCUUGGCAAAAUCAGCAGCAACAGCCGCAGCAGCAGCAGCAGCAGCAGCAGUUGGUGUGUGUGUGUGUGUGUACGUGUGUGUGUGUGCAUGUGUGUAUGGCUGUGAGGGUGCGUCAGAGGAAAAAGGAAGUUGCGGGAUGAAGUUAAAAGUCUUCGACACGGUGCAGCUCUGCAGAACACCCACCACGGAAGAAAGGCAGAACGAGAGCGCUGAAGUCUGUCAAUGAGAUAAUGAAAGGAGGAGAACACCGAGAAAGAAGACAUAGAAGUGCCAGGAGAAACUGAAGUGGCCUUUUUGUUAUUUUACCAGGUUUCAAGAAGGCCGCUUCAAUAUUUCACUGAAAGGACGGAGUGAGAGUGGCUGCUGCAGUGUUCGCUGUAGGCCAACUGAUUUGGUCUCAGACUGAUUGAAUACCUCUUCAAUAAUUUCCAUAUCCAGGUUCCACUUCACCAAGGAAAACAGAAGUAAAACUGACUAAGAAACAAAGAUGGAGUUGUGGCGGCAGUGUGCGAUGUGGUUGAUCGACUGUCGAGUUCUUCCUGAGAACCACCGGGUCACAUGGGAGGGCGCACAGGUGUGUGACCUGGCUCAGGCUCUGAGAGAUGGUGUGCUGCUCUGCCAGUUGCUCAACAACCUGCUGCCUCAGGCCGUCAACCUGAGAGAGAUCAAUCUGCGUCCACAGAUGUCCCAGUUCCUGUGCCUGAAGAAUAUCCGGACAUUUCUGGGAGUUUGUCAGGAGAAGUUUCAACUCAGAAAGAGUGAACUGUUUGAGGCCUUUGACCUGUUUGAUGUUCGAGACUUCGCAAAGGUUAUAGACACGUUGUCCAUCCUCUCUCACUCAUCCAUUGCUACACAAGGAAGACUCCAGCCUUUCCCUCUGGAAGGAUGCAUUCCUGAUGAUGAGAUCUACAGCGGCCUGUCUGACCAGAUAGAUGACACCGUGGACGAGGAUGAUGACUUGUACGACUUUGUGGAGGACGAAGAGAACGAAGGAGACGAGAUCUAUGAAGACUUGAUGAGGACGGAUGAACCACCUGAAGCUCAGAAGACCGGGGUCGACAAACGAGAGUGCUGCCUGCUGGAGAUCAGACAGACAGAAGAGAAAUACUCCGAUACACUGGAAUCUAUAUUACAGCACUUUAUGAAGCCUCUUCAAAAGUUUCUCAAGGCUCCAGACAUAGAGAGUAUCUUCAUCAACAUAGUGGAUUUGGCCGACACCCAUCGUAAUUUAUUGGUGGAGGUUCGGAGUUCCAUCUUAGAUUAUGGAGCCAAGAACCUGUACCAGGUGUUUCUGAAGUACAAGGAGAGGCUCUUACUGUACGGUCGUUACUGUAGUCAAGUGGAAACGGCGACAAAACACCUGGACAAGCUUUCGAAUGAGAGGGAGGACAUCAAAAUGAAACUGGAGGAGUGUUCAAACAGAGCAAAUAGUCGACGUUUUUCUCUCAGGGAUUUACUCAUGGUCCCUAUGCAGAGGGUCCUCAAAUAUCACCUGCUGUUACAGGAGCUGUUGAAGCACACCACUGACUGUGCAGAGAAGGACAACCUCCGCACAGCUCUUGAUGCCAUGAGAGACUUGGCGCAGUGUGUGAACGAGGUGAAGCGAGACAACGAGAUCAUCAGGCAGAUCACCACCUUCCAGUUGUCCAUAGAAAACAUGACUCAGUCUCUAGCUUUCUACGGUCGCCCCAAGAUCGACGGAGAGCUGAAGAUCUGCAGCCCGGAGAAAAAGUCUAAACAGGACAGGUAUGCAUUCCUCUUCGAUAAAGCCAUGUUUAUCUGUAAGAAGAAGAGCGGAGAUACAUUUGAGCUAAGGGAUAUCAUUGAGCUACAGCAGUACCAGAUACGAGACGAAACCACAGGAGAAAAGGACAAUAAGAAGUGGUCCUAUUCGUUCAUCCUGCUGGACGGCUGUGGGGGGCCUGGAUACGAUUUAUUCUUCAAAACCAGAGAACUGAAGAAGAAAUGGCUGGAACAGUUCGAGAUGGCUCUGUCGAAUAUGUGUCCAGAUAACUCCACAGCCAACAACCAUGACUUCCAGAUGCACUGCUUUGAGGAAACCACCUCCUGCAAGGCCUGCUCGAUGCUGUUAAGAGGGAUAUUUUACCAGGGCUAUCGCUGCACCCGCUGUAAAAUGGCUGCACAUAAAGAGUGUUUAGGCAGAGUUCCUGCCUGCGGACGAAACUCAGAUCAUGCUGGUACUGUGAAGAAGCAGAAAACACAGAGGUCCUGCGGACAUUCCAGCAUUGGAUUUCCUAAGAUGGAGGUGUGUCAAGAGUAUUAUGGCUUGCCGCCGCCCCCCGUUGGCUUCGGCCAACCACUUCACCUCUCUAAAGGUGACAUCAUUGAGCUGAGCCGGGCCGAUGUUGACCUGCCAUGGUGGGAGGGAAGGAACCUGACUGUUGGUCAAAUGGGAUGGUUCCCCUGCCAAAAAGUUCAGCCCUACAUCACUAGGCAGACCCCUGACCUGUCUGGCUUCAACUGGUUCGCAGGGAACAUGGACAGAACCGCUGCCAAGAACCUGUUGAUGCCCCGGUCUGAUGGGACGUUCCUCGUGCGGCAGAAAGAUGGAGGAGAGUUUGCUAUCAGCAUCAAGUUCAACAUGGACAUCAGACACAUUAAGAUCACGUCCACCGAAGGCCUGUACCGCAUCAAUGAGAAGAAAGCGUUCAAGGGUUUAAUCGAGAUGAUUCAGUUUUACCAGCAGAACUCUUUGAAGGAAUACUUCAAGGAUGUGGACACCACGCUGUGUACGCCGUACAAACAACCAGAGCAAAGCAACUCGCCUAACAACACGCCAAACUCCACACCAAACACAACACCAGGAGGCAGUCUGAGGAGUUUAGGCGUAGUGAGGGCCAGGUACGCCUUCUCAGCCAGGGACCGCUCAGAGCUGUCGCUGCAGGAAGGAGACACCAUCAAGAUCCUCUCCAAGAAAGGUCACAGCGGUUGGUGGAAAGGAGAGGUGUACGGCCGGGUGGGGUUAUUUCCAGCCAACUAUGUGGAGGAGGACUACUCUGACUACUGCUGACGUGGCUCCAGAGGAGACGUGAAGACCUGUACUGUAUGUUUGGAGGUCUAUGUGAUACCUGGUUUCCAUCGAUUGCAUUAACCCAUAUGCACGAGUGUGGCUGUGUGGAUGUGAGAGAGAUCUGAUGACUGUCUAGUGAUGUGAAUAAAACUUUUGUCCAGCUGACCCGA